AUGGGAAAAGAUCCCCUUUUCAUCGUCACAAGACUGAAUAAUGCCCAGCUUCUUGUAGAGCAAGGAACGUUGAACGUCGGGCCAGACUUCUCUGUUGAAAGUAACUGGCACUCCAUUGACUGGUUCAAAACUCAAAGCGAGCGGCUCUUAGAAGUUAUCCCCCUUAAUAAGAAGAACCUCAUAUGUUGUAUUCUAUCAACUCAGAUUACUUGUAUAGAUAUCACUACAAGUGGACGGCCCUGCUCUCUUUCGCUGCAGUCGCCUAUCUCUCAUUAUUGUUAUUAUGAGUACCUUCCAAUGUGCCUCUUUCUGGCAAUCCAGACGUCUGAUGCUCUCAGAGUUUAUAAACUCGUUUACGAAGGCCAGCAGCCAUACUUCCAGACCAUAUAUGAGUUCCCCAGUGAUCUCCUUUUAGGCUUGGGAAAGAUCAUGACCAUGUCGAUGUGUCCUGACUUCCUCGCUAUCUGCACAUGCGUUUACCCACACGGGAAGCGUAGCGCCCUUACAACCAUCAACGUGUUCCAUAUUUUGGAUGAUAGGUGGUCUUCCAACGCAGAAGAUAGCAGAGAAACUAAGGAUGACGGCGAGUCAAACCCCGGCCCUGGGUCUGUCUCGACCACUGCCUUCCAGCUUCUAGGCCGCCCUAAGACAAUUCAAUUUGAUAAGGCGUCUCAGCUCAUAAUCGUCCUCAAGCGGAGCGAAACAUACUACUUCUUCAGAUACAAGUUUUUCUCUGAGCUCACAAGCGAAGGGGCACCUGUUGUCCGCGGAGAGCUUCUCUCUGAACCGGCCACUGGCAUGCAGUAUCAAUUCCGCUCAUGCAUUAGCAAGCACUCAAUUCUAUAUGCAGGCCGUUAUCCCAACUAUGUCUGUAUAGAGUGUCGCCGGAAUCCUCGGAGCUUCACCUUUGCUGCUCAUUGUGAGUUCUCCAGCGAACGCGAAGUAGUUGGCGUGUCUAAUACCCCUAACGGAUCUUUUGUUGCGGCUGUUGACCCUAACAGAACCCACAUCGACCUUUACUACAACUUCUGCUUUUGCGCAAGCAUUCAACUUGUUGGAAAGGGUGGGCCCAUACAAAAGGGCUCAAAGCUUCUGGGGUGCUGCAUCCUCCCGGAGUCCUACUAUCUCUUAGCCUACACAUCUACGGGCCUCAUGGCCUUGUACUGUAUCCAGAACUGCUCAUAUGGCUUAUUCCAGGUCAACAGGACAUAUACUCUUCCCCUGGCAUCGUAUGCCAUUGAACGCACGCGUCGCUCACUCCUUGUUCUUUAUGAUACGCACUAUCUCUACCUCUACAUAAAGCCUACCGAUGAUAUGGACUCUCUAACCUCGGCCACGGCGUGGUGUCCUAACCCCGCUCACGUCGCCGCUUACCAAAAGAUCUUUACGGAUGAGCGGGGGGCCAUGGAAAUCGCUGGCUUCACAACAGGAGUUGCUGGCGAUAAGUCCAUCAUAAAUAUCACCCUCAAAUUUAAGACGGACGAGUCGUUUGUGGUAACGCUAGAUCUAGAAGAUGGAGACUUCGUGCCCGAUAGCCUUACCGCAGCUAUUGCCAGCACUACUGCGCGCAUAGAGAGCACAGGAGCCCAGACGGCGGUCCAUAAUCUCAGUCCACAGAGUCCAGAUACAACCGCAGCCCCUACCAGUACUAGCAUACCUGCUCCUGAUUCUCGAAUCUGCAAUACUACUAACCCAAACACUUAUUUAGAAGACGAGCGAGAGCAAGUCCAGAGCGUUCUAUCUUCGAUACCCACAUCAGAGCAACCACCAGCUGACAACACUGACACCCAAGUAGCAUAG